AAGAAGUGUACAGGAAUAACAAAUUUAAGCACACCGAAUGAUGUGGUCCGUGCCAAAAACCUGUAUGUUCUUUGUUUUCUUUUGCUUCAUGCAUCCUCUGGUCUUCUCUAAGCCACCUUCGACCCAAACCACUGUUAUGAUCUCAAUUUCUCAGCAACUUAAUGGCACACAAUUGCCAUGGGAUGUCACCAAAGAGCCAAACCCAUGUUUAUGGCAAGGAGUCGCAUGCAGCCGCUCAAACAACAGCUCAAUAAUCUCACUUUCUUUAUCUGGGUUUGGUCUCUCUAGCUCUGACUUUCUGAGUGAGGUGUGCAGGAUUGAUUCUUUGCAGUCUCUGAACCUGUCCAACAAUAAUUUGAAAAGUAUCUCAGAUGGGUUCUUCAAUGGUUGUAGAGAGAUUGAUGGGUUGAAGGUGUUGGAUUUUAGCAGGAACAGGUUGGUUGGUCCUUUGCCUGCUUUUCGAAAUUUUGUUGGACUUGAAUUCUUGGAUUUAUCCUUUAAUAGUUUGACUGGAGAGAUUAAUUCACAGUUGAGUCAGUUGGUUUCACUCAAAUGUUUGAAUCUUAUUUUCAAUGAAUUCAGUGGGUCUGUUCCUACUCAGUUGGGGAAAUCUUUUGUUUUAGAACAACUUCAGCUGUCAACGAAUAAGUUCCAUGGUGAAAUUCCUGUAGAAGUGCUUAAAUAUAAGAAUUUAGCCCUCAUUGAUCUUAGUGAUAAUAAUCUUACUGGGUCCAUCCCUGAAGCUAUCGGUAACCUGUCCAAGUUGCAACUCUUGCUUCUGUCAUCCAAUCAUUUGAGUGGAGAAAUCCCCAAAUUGAUUUCAAAUAUCAGCACCCUGCAGCGGUUUGAAGCUAAUCAGAACAAUUUUGUUGGUGAAGUUCCUGUUGGGAUUAAAAGAUAUAUCAAAAUUUUAGAUCUUAGCUAUAAUAACUUACAUGGGUUGAUUCCAUCUGACCUUUUGUCACAGUCAAGCUUGCAGCAUGUGGAUUUGUCUUAUAAUUUGUUACGUGGAACAAUACCUGAAAGAAUGUCUUCCAGGAGUUUGGUAAGGCUGAAAUUGGGAAGCAACUCACUUAGCGGCUCCAUCCCGGCCAAACUUGCGACAUUUCAGAACCUGGUUUACUUGGACCUGGAAAACAAUAGCUUAUCUGGGUCCAUACCUCCGGAAUUGGGUGCCUGCCAGAAUUUGUUGCUAUUGAACUUGGCUCAGAAUGACAUAACUGGGACACUGCCAGUGGAACUGGGCCACUUAACCAAGCUUCAAGUUAUGAACCUUCAGCAAAACAAGUUGGGUGGGCAAAUCCCACCUGAGAUUGCACAGUUAGAGAGUCUGGAAACACUCAACAUCAGCUGGAAUAAUUUUACUGGUCCAAUUCCAUCUUCAAUUUCAAAUUUGAAGAGACUCGCGAACAUGAGCCUACAGUGCAACAAUCUUGUUGGUUCAAUCCCCGCCACUCUUGGAGACUUGAAUUUUCUGUUAGAACUCAACCUUGGAGGAAAUCAACUAAGUGGGACAAUUGGGGUGUUGGGUAUUGGUAUUUGUGUUUGGAUUGGCGGCGCCGGUGAUUGGAUAACAGAGAGGAGAAACAAUGACGGUGGGGCAUUCAGGUUCAGGUGGGAGCUUGGCAGACUCUUACAAGGGAAUGUCGGCGGAUAACAUUAAAGGGAUUGUUAUUGGCAUUGUCUUCCAGCUUCUUCAUUGGCGCCAGCUUUAUUAUUAAGAAAAAAGGCUUGAAGAAGGCUGGUGCUUCUGGGCUUUGGGUGGGUAUUCCACUUUCCACAUCUUUGAAAUUUUUUUUUUCUUUUGUUAUCAAGUGGGGUUUGAUCAUUUCUCUCAUGCUCUCAUGGGUUCUGCUUUGUUGUGGAAUUUUUGGGCACUGGAAUUUGUUUAAAUUUAAUUCGAUUUGCAUUAGAGCUUUAAAUGGGUUGAAUUUUAAUUUCUGAUUUUCGGGCUAGAACGGAUUCUUUUAAUACGUUAGACCAGGCAGUAAAUGUUUUUGCUCCGAAGAUUUCUGUUUUCAAUGGAUUCUGAUUUUCUUUGAUGGGUUAUGAUACUUGCUACUUUGAGGUACUGGGAUGAUGUUUGUGAGCCUCUGUUUUGUUUUCAAGUUUUUGUAUGCAAUCAUCAACUCAGGCUUUUGCAACAUUUGACAGCCUUAGCAAUUUGUCCCGUUCAAGUUCAAACAUUUACCCUUUUCGUUUUUUUUUUUUUUAAGGUUCCAUUCUGAGCUUGCCCUCUUAGCUUUAGCCUGUUAGGGUAGUAGAAUUGUAUUCCCUUUGGUUCAUAUUGCAUAAUAUCACAGUUGUGACCUUGUAAUCGUGAACUGCCCUGGUUUUGGUUCUAAUUUUUGCAAUUUUGGUUGCAGGUAGUGGGGGUUAUUCUUACCUCUUUGAGCCACGUUGGUGGAUUGGCAUGAUCACUAGUGAGUUUUUUUGUUCUAAGAUUCUUUAUGCAGGCAAUGAUAUACUCAUUUUCUCGGACUGUUACAAAGGAACCCCUCCAAUGUCCUCUCUUUUUUAGCUCCAAUUGCAUUCCUUCUCCAUCAACACCUUGGAUGGUACCUUUUCCUUUCUGCAACAAUAAAUUCCAGUGUCAUGA